AUGCAGAACCUUCUCGAUCUCGAUCCUAGAGCGCAUGCGGUGUUAACGGAAAGCUAUGGUGUUCUUACAAGGCGCCAUCUCGAAUGGCAUCCUGAUAAUCUACUGUGUAAAAGGUUCAAUGUUCCGAAUCCCUACCCAAAUUCAGAUCUUGUUGGUUGCCCAGGGGAAAGGCGCGUGCGCAUUCAGGAUAAGCGAGCUGGGCGUUGGGCACGCUCUGCUAUUCGUCGAGAACAGGAAUCCGGUUGCUUUUCAUUGUUCAGCAUCCUUGAUGUUCAUUGCGGUUCUGAGGAGGCUUCUGAAAACCUAGAAGCUGAUCAAUAUAAAUCGGAUGGGAUCGAAAAUAAAACCAAUAUUCUGCCAGAGUCUAACAUAGAUAUGAAGCAAACUGAUGACAUCGACAGUAAAGAUGACGUAGACACAGGUGUUGUUGAAAGGGCAAGGGAUAUAAACGCGAUCUAUCAACAAUCUGAUGUAUCUUUGAGUGAGUCUUGCCUUCAUUUUACUUCAAAUACUCACUACUUUUAA